AUGAAGCUCGUCAAACAACGGAUCCAUUUCGAACUCGCUGAAGAUGCGCCGAGUUCAACUCAAAUCGGACGACAACUCCAACUCCCCAGAAUCCGGAUGGCAGCUAGAGAGAAAAUCCGCAUCGCCUACGCGAAAAACCCGCCGGACGCCUUUUCGAACUGUCGACAUUUUCCGACGUUUACGCCUACAGUACCUUGCGCUUUUCCGGGAUGGACUGUAGAGAUCAUGAGCCAAAUCACUUCCUACGCCGGCUUUGACAUUGAGCCAGUAGUAGCCAAUAAUGUGAUCGGAAGCUUGGACUGGGGCACGCAGUUGAAAAACGGCUCCUGGGUCGGCGUCCUGGGAAUGUUAGCCAAUAACAGUGCUGACGCCGCCUGUCUAAUGUACCAAAUGACCGAUCUCAGGGCCGAAUAUUUCGAUUUCUCGUAUCCGGUGACAAAUGUUCAACCAAUUUACGCUGUACAGGCGCGGAAAGCCGACAUCGGAUCGAUCUUGUGGAAUGCUUUCAAGCCCUACUCCACCGUCACCUGGCUGUUCAUCCUCGCCUCAUUUCUAGUCCAAACGCUAUAUUUGGUCGGCAUCACCAAGGUCGAGAAGCAUCUAGGUUUCCGGCAUCGCUUCCGGCCUUUUGAAGUAUUCUGGCAAUGCAUCCAGCUGCAACUCGACGAGCACAGCGAGGAUAUGCGCUUCAAUACCCUGGCCGGCAAUAUAGUCAUGUUUUUGUUUGCUUUGUUACAGUCGAGCCUACUGAUAAAACUCUAUGAAGGUCUGCUACUUUCGGCUCUCCUGGCCCCGGUUGAUGAUAAUCCGUUCAAGGAUGCUGAUGGACUAAUAGCCUUGAUCGCUAAAGGAGAAUAUCAUCUGGUGACAAAUUACCUCGGGAACUGGUACUUUGAUGACAUGCUCCACUCCAACGCUGCUCAUUUUGUCGCUCUUCGUGCCGCAGUCGCCAAUAAUCCAGUGGUAACCGCGCCUACUGUAGCCGCAGCACUGGAUAUGGUGGAGAGCGGCCCCUACGUUUACCCAAUGCAGGUCGACAGUCUGGCUAUGCAAAUGAGUAAGGAGCGCUGUAACUUGGUGUACGUUAGCGAUGGUCUGCCCCAAGUCGGCGCCUACAUCGUCUUCCAAAACCAGAGCCGCUUCAUCAAAAACAUCAACAGGGCGAUUAUCAUGAGCCAAUCAAUGGUGGAGCACACUUUUAACAAGUACUUCGAGAUGGGCUACAAAAUCGCCAAUAUCCCGAAAUGCCCGACUGAAGUUUUGGAUACCGCUACGGGGAUUAUAUCGAAGCCGUUGGACCUCGCAUCAACUGUCGGAAUAUUUACCCUCGGCGCCCUGGGCAUCGCGAUUUCGCUGAUCACAUUUUUCGUGGAAAUUUAUAUAUUUUUGCAUAAUAGAGUCCUGGAUCGCCAUCGUCGAACCCGUCAAGCACUGGCUAGCAACUUGUUGGCACUGGGAAAAAUUUACUUCACCGAGGUUCACCACGGCGUGGCUCUAACAAAGUUGGUCGAUGUGAUCGAAAGAUCGAUGGAGCAGGAUGAGCGGCAAAUUGUCGAUGAACAAAGUAAUUCUGAAAAC